UUUGUUACCUCGUAUAACACAGCGCCAUGUUUCUUGUAUGUACCCUGUCCUUUUAAUUACACAAAUGAAUGUUUUAUCCACGUGACAAAGUUACGAAUUAUAAUUUUUUUAUUUUGGUUCUUACAGAUAAAUUACAUAAGCUCUACUUAACAGAUCAGAUAAAAGAAACAAAAAUUAUCUCAUAUGAAAAAUAAAAUAAUGUAAAUAACAUCGGGUUGUUACUCUAUCUUAUAUCUCGUCUGUGGUAAAAUAGCUGCGGACUCCCUCUAUUGUGUUCUGCUUUACAUAUUCUAAACUGUGCUUUCCAUUUUCAACCGAAGAUCGUUAUUGUAAUUUUGAUUUCAACCACGUUAGGAUAUAUUUUGUUACAAGAGGUCAAUUUUUAUUUUAACGGCAACUAUUAAUAUAAAAUAAAAUGAUUGAUAUUAAGAUACCGAAAGCUCCAAAUGGGAUGUCCCUUGGGGUUUCAUGUCUUGCGGCAGCCGGCAUGGCUGCUUAUGGUAUCUCGAAGUCCAUGUAUACGGUGGAUGCUGGUCACAGAGCAAUUAUAUUUUCCCGUUUGGGAGGUAUUCAAGAAGAAAUUAGGACUGAAGGCCUUCAUUUCCGUGUUCCAUGGUUCCAUUGGCCAAUUAUUUAUGAUAUUAGGAGCAGACCUAGAAAAUUAUCUUCACCUACAGGAUCUAAAGAUUUACAAAUGGUUAAUAUUUCUCUUCGUGUACUUUCUAGGCCUGAUGCAAGUAAAUUACCUAUAGUAUACCGUAACUUAGGUCUUGAUUAUGAUGAAAAGGUCUUACCAAGUAUUUGUAAUGAAGUAUUAAAAUCAGUGGUUGCAAAGUUUAAUGCAUCUCAGCUAAUUACACAAAGACAGCAAGUAUCAAAUAUGGUAAGAAAAGAAUUAACUGAACGUGCUAGGGAUUUCAACAUUGUUUUGGAUGAUGUAUCAAUAACUGAAUUAAGCUUUGGUAAAGAAUAUACUGCUGCUGUAGAAUCUAAACAGGUUGCCCAGCAGGAGGCACAAAGAGCAGCUUUCUUUGUAGAAAAAGCGAUACAAGAAAAGCAGCAAAAAAUUGUUCAGGCUGAGGGUGAAGCAGAAGCAGCUAAAAUGCUUGGUUUAGCUCUUAGUCAAAAUCCUGGUUAUUUAAAGUUGAGAAAAAUUCGGGCAGCGCAAACUAUUUCUCGCAUGAUCGCAAACUCUCCAAAUCGUCUAUACCUUAGCGGUAACAGUUUGAUGUUGAAUAUUCAAGAUCCAGCAUUUGAUGUUGCAUCAGACAAAUUAAAAAGUCUUGAAAGGACGAACCCGAAAAACUGGAAUGAUGCUACGCAAAGCGCAAUGAAAUCUUUAGUGUCCGACCAUCAGCCGACAGUGAAAAAUUACGAAAAUCCAUUGAUUAAAUCAUCUGUAUCAAUACCUCCAGAAGAACAAGCUUCAAAGAGAUUUUGCGAUGCGAGCUCGUCUUUUCUAACACGUUCCUUAUCCAAUCUAUUAUCCUCAUUUUGUCGAAGCUGCAAAAUAAAACAACCUAUUUUUUAAUCAUA